AUGACGCGACAUCUUUCCCCACUCGACUGCCUGCAGAAUUUUGAGAGCAAUGUGUGCAUAUGGUUGAAUGGCGCCGUCGAGGCUGAGCGACCAAUUUGGUCUCGUAUAUGGAAUUGUUCUCAGAAACGAUUCUGCACCGACGGUGGAGCCAACAGAGUUGUUAACAGAACUCCAGGAUUAAAGCGGCCUGAUGUCGUCGUUGGAGACAUGGAUUCCAUUUUAGAAGAUGUGGCUAAAGCACUAAGGCCGACAACACGGAUGAUUCACGCGCCAGACCAGGACAAAACAGAUCUAACCAAAUGUCUCGAAUUUGCUUCACGUAUCGUUCUGCUGGGAGGGACAGCAGGUCGUUUCGAUCACGUUUUGGCCGCCAUAAACUCACUAUAUUACUCAACAAACCAGCUUAAUCUUGAAGUUUACUGUCUCGAUAGUGAGAAUCUUACAUUUGUUCUUGACGAGGGUGAAUAUGUCGUUAACAUCAAUCGUCGACUGGUCACAGGAACUUGUGGUGUGGUACCGUUCUGCCAAAAACCGACAGUUGUAACAAUGAGCGGAUUUCGUUGGAAUCUUGAUAACGCCAUAACAGCCUUCGGUGGUGUGGAUCAGCACGUCUAA